AUGCCGUCUGAGUCUUACCCCCGGGUGAACCCCAAGGUGUUUUUGUUCGGACCACAGGCAUUGGCUUUCGAUGCCAAGCUCUUCACAACACUUCAAAGCCAUCUAUACGACAGCUGGGCGUUAGAUGCCUUAUCUGACCUACCAAUUAUUUGGGAGAGUCUCGUCAAACAAGUGCCAAAACUGCAACAUGUAGAGGGUGAACGGCUAUUGCGAGAGUUGCAUCAGGGCUUGCAGACAGGAAGUCUACCGGAUUCUCUGUUUCCAUUACCCAAUAUCCUACUAUCACCUCUGGUGGUAAUCGUUCAAUUGACCCAGUAUCUUGCCUUUGUGAGGUCUGGGUUGCCGGGUCUUGGGGAUACCGACGAGAUACCCCAAUCUGUCAUGCAGACUUCGGAGAGUCUCGGUCUAUGUACCGGUAUUCUGAGCGCCUUCGCUGUGAGCUGUGCCUCCAGCAUAGCCAAGGUUCAGCAAUACGGUGCUGUUGCUGUGAGAUUGUCCAUGCUUGUUGGUGCGCUCGUGGACGCCGAAGAGGCAUCACCGGACACCGGCAGUCCCGCCAUGUCCUUCUCAAUGUCAUGGAAUGCGUUGGAGUCUCGUACCAGCGUGGACGAAGUGUUGGCAGAAUUUCCAGAGGCAUACAUCUCUGUUUUCGUUGAUGAAAAGAGGGCCACAGUGACUGCCCCUAAGGAAUCAGCUCCUGCUCUCCUUGAUAAACUCAGGUUAUCCGGUGCACACGUCACUGAAGUUGCACUUUCUGGUCGGUUCCAUUGGCCAAAACAUCGUGAAGACGCAAAGCAGCUCAUCGCCUUUUGCGACCAUGACCCCAGAUUCCAGUUCCCCGAUGCAUCUGAAAUAGUGUUGCCGACCAGGCUGAGCACUGGAGGUCGUCUACAUGAGAUUGCAUUGCAAGAGAUUCUGCUCAAACCAUCCGAAUGGCUGAGCUUGUUCGGUCUCGUUCAAUCAUCACACAUUGACGCAGGUGGUGCGAAUUUUGUCUGCUUUGGCUCAGAACGAUGCGUGCCACCGACAAUGAUAAGGAAGCUGGGUCCUCUACUGAUUCAUAUUUCUGACGUCGAUCUGUCAACCUCUGCUCUGCCGAGUGAACUUCUCCGUUCAACCUCCGCAUCACCCUUUGACAAUCUACCAGACGAUCAGAUCGCUGUGAUCGGAAUGGCUUGUCAUGUUCCUGGAGCGGAAGACCUUGAUGAGUAUUGGAGAAUCUUGACUAGUGGCCAAUCACAGCAUACUAGAGUCCCAUUGGAGCGCUUCAGUAUGAAGACAGCGUUCAGGGAGCUCGAGGAGAACCGCAAAUGGUACGGUAAUUUUCUACGAGACUAUGACACCUUCGACCACAAAUUCUUCAAGAAAAGCGCACGCGAGAUGUCAUCCGCCGAUCCCCAACAUCGAUUGGUAUUGAAACUUGCAUACCAGGCCAUCGAACAGUCUGGGUAUUUCGGAGCUUCCCAUAAUAGCAAGCAUGUCGGAUGCUAUAUCGGAAUCGGGAACAAUGACUACGAACGCAACAUUGCUUGCCACCCAGCAAACGCUUAUUCGGCCACGGGAAACCUCCGAAGCUUCGCUGCCGGGAAGGUCAGUCACUAUUUCGGGUGGACAGGUCCAAGUCUAACAAUUGAUACUGCUUGUUCCUCGUCCGGUGUCGCUAUUCACCAAGCAUGCCGUGCUAUCCUCCAUGGAGAAUGCACGAGUGCGCUUGCAGGCGGAGUCAAUGUCCUCACCAGUCCUGAAUGGUUUCAAAAUCUGGCUGGUGCUUCCUUUUUGAGCCCCACUGGACAGUGCAAGCCGUUUGAUGCAAGAGGUGAUGGAUAUUGCAGAGGAGAGGGCGCUGGCGUUGUUUUCCUCAAGCGACUUUCCUCCGCGAUUGCAGAUGGAGACCAAGUGCUUGGAGUUAUAGCCAGCACGAAGGUCUACCAGAACCAGAACUGUACAGCAAUCACAGUUCCUAAUUCGAUAUCACUGGCAGGGCUUUUUGGAGAUGUGGUAGAACAGGCGCGGCUUGAGCCACAGGCUAUUUCUGUAGUCGAAGCCCAUGGAACCGGAACUCCAGUGGGUGACCCCGCGGAGUAUGAUGCUGUUCGAAGAGUAUUUGGAGGCUCAAUACGCUCGGACACACUUUCUCUGAUGUCCGUGAAAGGUCUACUUGGUCACACCGAAUUUGCGUCGGGUAUAGUAUCCUUGGUGAAAAUUUUGCUCAUGAUCAACGAGGGCUUCAUACCUCCACAGGCUAGCUUCACUUCUAUGAGCCCUGCCCUGAAUGCUUAUCAUGAAGACAUGAUAAAUAUUGCAACGCAACUGACUCCUUGGAAUGUGGACUUCCGGGCUGCUCUUAUUAAUAACUACGGCGCCUCAGGCUCUAAUGCUUCAAUGAUCAUCACACAGGCACCGAAGCCCCGCUCUUCGACUUCGAAUCCCUCGCCGCUAUCGUCGUCUGCUACCAGCUUUCCCUUUUGGCUUUGCGGAAUCGACUCACAAAGUCUUCGAGCAUAUGCUACCAAAUUCAGGCGUUUCAUCCACGAUAAUGCCGACUCGGUGAAGGACUUGACAGUGCGAAAUUUGUCGUUCCAAAUCUCCCGCCAGUCAAAUCGCAAUUUGCCAAGGGCGUUGAUAUUCAGUGCUGCCUCUCGUAACGAGCUGGAGGAGAAGCUUCUGGACUAUGAACAAGGGGGUAGGAGCAUCGCGGAAAUUGAAGUGCCUCCACCUCGUCCGGUCAUUCUUUGCUUCGGCGGCCAGAUCUCCACCUAUGUUGGCCUAGGAAAGGAUGUCUACAACCAGGCAACUAUUUUGAGAAGUCAUCUGGACCAGUGCAAUACGGUAUGCCUCUCACUGGGUCUCGGCAGCAUCUACCCUGCCAUAUUUCAAAGGUCUCCAAUCCUAGACACGGUGGAGCUACAGACUGUACUCUUCGCGGCACAGUACUCUUGUGCGAGAGCGUGGAUUGACUCCGGAGUCAAGGUGACCGCGGUGAUUGGCCAUAGCUUUGGCGAACUGACAGCUCUCUGCAUUGCCGGUGCCUAUUCUUUGGCUGACGCUCUCAGACUGAUCUCUGGUCGGGCACGUCUGAUUCGCGACAAGUGGGGUUCUGAUAAGGGAUCCAUGCUAGCAUUGGAGGCGGAUCUUGCUGAGGUGACAGCAUUGCUGUCCACUUCAAACAAACCGGAUGUCUCUAUUGCCUGUUAUAAUGGCCCCAGAUCUUUUACCCUCGCAGGUUCGACGGAGUCUGUUCAAUUCAUCGAGGAACUUGCACGGAGCAACCAGACCUUCUUUGGCAUGAAGCUCAAGAAGUUGAAUGUUACCAAUGCCUUCCAUUCUGCCAAUGUCGAUCCGUUGAUUAGUGAUCUGGAAGCACUUGGUCGCGAAAUUCAAUUUAAUGAGCCUAUUAUUCAAGUUGAAGCAGCGACUGAGACAAGAUCUAGCCCAACCCGCGGGUCCCAUUUCAUAGCUCAGCACUUGAGAAACCCGGUAUAUUUCAACCAUGCAGUCCAAAGACUUGCUGAGGAGUACCCAGCUGCAAUCUGGCUUGAAGCUGGAUCAAAUUCUACGAUUACCACCAUGAUAAGCCGGGCACUGGGAAAUUCAAGUUCUCCACACCAUUUCCAGUCUGUUCACAUAACCAGCGAAGAAUCUCUCCCACUUCUGGCUGAAGCGACGACAAAGCUGUGGAAAGAAGGCCUGAAUGUGUCAUUUUGGGCUCAUCAUCCUAUGGAAGUGUCUCAGCACUCGCUUGUGAUACUCCCUCCUUACCAAUUCGAAAAGGCGAGACAUUGGAUGGACUUGAAGGAGGUUCCCGAAGUCAAAUCCUCUAUCGACACAACUGUGCAACCGCCAGAGCCUCCCAAGGGCCUUACAACAUUCAUCGGGUUUGAAGACCAGGCAAAGCAGUCUGCCCGAUUCCGAGUGAACACAACCUGCGACAAAUUCCAGCAGCUGACAUCGGCUAAUGUUGCUCUCAAUACCACCGCUGUAACACCCGGCAUGCUUCAGAUUGAAAUUUCACUCGAUGCCAUAAUGAAUCUGCAACCUGACUUCAAGACGUACCAGUUCCAACCAGAGGUCCAGGGGGUUUCUUAUCACAACGCCCUCAUUGACUCUAAUUCUACGGACUUGUAUCUUGACGCCAUUGCAAAAGAUGAUGGAGGCCUGGCCUGGAGAUGGAGACUUUACGGUACUGACCUUGGGGAUAGGGUAACUGAAUUCAGCUCUGGAAGCAUUGUUUUCUUGCCGGCCAGUGACCCUGCACUCAAGGAGAACUUCGAGCGCUUGUCGCGUCUGAGUGGCAAGAAACGAUGUGCUAGUCUUCUCCAAGGAAACGGUGCAGACGACGUGCUUCAGGGCCGAAAUAUCUAUCGAGCGUUCGAACAAGUGGUCAACUAUGCGGAGCCAUUCCGGCGUGUAACCAAGAUAGCUGGAAAGGAGGAUGAAUCAGCAGGCUACGUCUCAAAGGCAUAUACUGGAGAGACCUGGAUGGAUCCGGUUUUGACGGAGUGUUUCUGUCAGGUUGCCGGAAUUUUCAUCAAUCUCAUGACAGAUGCAUCUGAUCUGUCUAAAAGAGGCGUCUACAUCUGUGACGGUAUUUCCAGAUGGAUGCAUUACCCCGGACUAGGUAGCAUGACUUCAGCCCCUGAUGCUUGGGAAGUAUUUGCGGUGCAUCACCACGAGUCUGAGACUAAGUAUGUCAGUGAUGUUUUCGCUUUCGACCCUCGUGAUGGAUCCUUGAUCGAGGCGAUCCUAGGAAUUUCUUAUCGGCUUGUACCCAUGGAUUCAAUGCGCAAACUUUUGACCCGGGGUCCUCAGCAAGAAUCCCACUUUUCCACGGCUGCUGUCUCGUCAAAGUCUACACCUGUCCAUGCUCCCACUCCUACAACGACGGUUAGCUCCACUCCCUCUAGCCUGAAUUCAUUCCAAGAGAAAACUAUUGUGAAAAAUGUCGCGAAGCCCCCUGGACCAGACAUCUCUGCAAAGAUGUGUGAAAUUAUCUGUAAUCUUUCCGGAUUGGAGCCGGAGGAGAUAGAAGAUGACUCUGACCUUGUUGAACUCGGGAUCGAUUCUCUUAUGGCCAUGGAACUGGUUCGAGAAGUCGAUUCUGCAUUUAAGUGCACUCUUCAAAAUGAUCAGCUUAUGGAGCUGACUGACUUCGCCAGUCUGGUCUCGUGUAUCCGGUCUACCCUAGGAUUUGACGACGAGGAAAGCGGCGUCGGGUUUGAACGAGACUCUUCGGUUGACACAGAAGCAUACAUACUUUUGGAACCGAAUGAGCCCGCCACAAAUAUCAACGGCGCCAAUGGUACCGUCAGCUUUGACCAUAGAGAUGGCAACGCUGUUCUGUCUAUGUCCACAUUGCUUGAUGCAUUCCGUGAGAUCAAAUGGGACACUGAUGACGACAUUGUCAAGGGCCAACUGGGAACAUACUCCAAGCAUGUCAUGCCGCGGUCCACAGAGCUCUGCAUUGUGUAUAUUGUGGAUGCCUUCGAACAACUAGGUUGCCCAAUACGGUCUGCAGCACCAGGUCAAGUGCUUACACGCGUUCCAUACCAUCCCAAGCAUGAGAAGUUCAUGAACAUGAUCAUCUAUGGGUUAUUGGAAAAGGACGCCCGUUUGAUAGACAUCAACGGCUCGAUUAUCACACGCACGGCAGUUGCGCCGCCGACCGCAUCUGCGGACACAUUGCUCAGCAAGCUGUUGCACGAUGAACCUGUUCAUGCUGCUGAACAUAAGCUCGCAGCAUUGAUAGGUCAGAAAUUUGCAGAUCUCAUCACGGAUAAAGAAGAUGGCCUGAAGCUCAUCUUUGGUAAUCCGGAAAGCCGAGAAAUUGCUGCAGAUAUGUAUUCGAACUCCCCUGUCAACACAGUUUGGAUCAAACAGCUUGAGCGAUUCUUCGAACGGGUUCUUGGUCGCCUUCCCAAAGAUGGACAGCCCAUCUGCAUUCUCGAGGUUGGCGGAGGCACUGGCGGGACAACAAGCAGAAUUGUGCCAUUGCUCGCCAAAUUAGGAGUCCCCGUGAAAUACACCAUGACAGACAUUUCGGGGUCGCUCAUCGCAGCUGCUCGCAAACGUUUCAAGAAGUACCCGUUCAUGGAUUUCAAACCUCUGAACAUGGAAAGUGAGCCAGAUGCCAAAUUCUUGCAGAGCCAGCAUAUCAUUUUGGCCACCAAUUGUAUCCAUGCAACACGGAAUCUUUCUGUAUCAUUAAAGAAUCUUCAUCGGAUCUUGCGACCUGAUGGUGCUCUCAUUAUGUUAGAGAUGACGGAGCAGGUACCGUGGUGCGAUUUCAUCUUCGGGUUGUUGGAAGGAUGGUGGCUGUUUGAGGAUGGGCGAGACUACGUCCUCCAGCCAGCCACCUAUUGGGAGAAGGUACUGCAGUCGGUGGGAUACGGCCAUGUCGACUGGACUGAAGGAGAACUUCCCGAGGCACGUAUUCAGCGUUUGAUUAUCGCCCAUGCAUCUGGAUCCAGGUAUGAUCGCGGACCAAAGCCUCCUCUGGCAUCCAUCCCUGAACUCACGUUACCAGACAUCUCUGAGCGCCGAGCGAGGAUUGACGCCGCUGUUCACAAAUACACAAAAGACUUCGUUGCUCCAUCACAAAUUUUAUCCCCUGCCAAGUUGCCAUCCUUGAGCUCUGGGCAGUGUGUGCUCGUUACCGGUGCUACCGGAAGCCUGGGUGCCCACAUCGUGGCCUCCCUGGUACAACGCCCAGGUAUCCACACAGUUGUAUGUCUGAAUCGACUGAGCACGACCGAGGCGACAGUGCGACAGCAGAACUCUCUUCAAAUGAGAGGCAUCUCACUCGACCCGACAUCGCUGAGCAAGCUGAAGGUGAUUGAAACGGACACAAGCAAGCCCAAUUUAGGGCUCUCUCCCGAAAACUACCAGUAUUUGAUCCAAAACGUGACCGAAAUCGUCCAUAGUGCUUGGCCAAUGAGUCUGACCCGCCCGAUGCGGACUUACGAACCUCAAUUUAAGAUCGCGCGGGGUCUCAUCGAUCUUGCACGCGAAGUCGCCCAGCACCGACCAGCCCCAUUCAAAUUCGGCUUCCAGUUUAUCUCCUCCAGCGCCGUGAUUGCAAACUACCCUCUAUUGGCAGGAACACCUGUCGUCCCCGAGCAAUCUGGUACGGUUGAAUCCGUCCCUUUGACGGGGUAUGCCGAAGCCAAACUUGCAACGGAGCGUAUUCUGGCCGAGACAUUAUAUCGUUUCCCAGACCGGUUCCAUGUAAUGGCGGUGCGGAUUGCGCAGAUUACCGGCUCGACUAGCAAUGGCUACUGGAACCCCUCUGAGUACAUGCCAUUCCUGAUCAAGUCGUCGCAGGUUCUCAAGAUUCUUCCCGAGCUCGAUGGAACCCUCUCCUGGUACCCUGUGAACGAUGUCGCUUCUGUUCUAGGCGAGCUACUCCUGUCUCAAUCUACGACGGAUCUUAUCUAUCAUAUUGACAAUCCGUCCCGGCAGACGUGGCGGGAGAUGAUUGCGAUUUUGGCUCGCGCGUUAGAUCUUGGACAAAAGAGUAUCGUUCCGUUUGGUCAGUGGGUGAAUCGGUUGAUUGAUUUCUUCGAGCAUUAUUUCGUUCCGAUGUCUUGCGGUGGUUUGGUUCUGGACACCACCAAGUCUUCGCAACAUUCCAAGACGCUGCAGAAUCAGGGUCCUAUUGAUGAGGAUCUCAUGAUGAAAUAUAUUGCCAGGUGGAAAGAAUCGGGAUUUUUGAACCCGUAA